CCAGAAUCCUACGCGCUGCUCUGCUAUAAGUUAUUCAAGUGACAUUAUAUAAAGGUCCAUGCUCGAAAUGUCUUUUCGAAGAUGCCAGCUUUUUCGAUUCCAGUUGAAACAAGAUGGCCCUCCACCACCAGAUCAGAGAGGCAGUUGUUGAGAUAGGAAUCAUUUCCUCCUCGAAAAUCGUCCGCAGCUUUUUUCAAGCCACCGUGCAAGACGCUCUUCAUUUUACUGUUCAUAUCUCCGACAACCCCGAAGCCCCACCCACUGCUCACGAUGUGUAUACUACCGGCAGCAUUGGACAUCAUCCGGUCCUUUUGGCUGACAUUCAUGACGCUGAUCAAGCGUCCGCCGCUGCACUGGCACUGCGCUUUUAUUCACGUUAUCCACACCUCAAAGUUGUUUUCCUGGUUGGGAUUUGCGGUGGGAUGCCCACAGACAAGGAGAACAAUGAUAUAAUGCUCGGGGACGUGAUCAUAGGUAAAUCAGUCGUGCAGCAUGGCUUUGGACGUAUGUAUCCGGACGGGUUUGCCAUGAAGCACGGGGCAGAAGAUAGGGCCGCCAGACAAGGGCAUCGGCUUGAGUCCUUUGUUGCAAAGCUUGAAUCUAUGACUGAAGCUUUAGAAAGACAGAUGCAACCGCACCUCAGACGAAUAUUUCAGAGUGGCAAAGAUGGAGCUGAUUACUCAGGCUUGCAUGAAGACCGCUGCUUCGUGUCGAGCUAUCAGCAUAAGCACCAUAGUGCCACAGAUAGCUUAUGCACCAAUGAUGGCGUCUGCUGUUUUAGAGUUACGCAAACCUCCUGCGAGCAGCUUAAGUAUGACCCACAGUACCUGCAAUUUCGGAAUUCAGACAGGUACCAAUCGGCUAGGCAUUCCAAAAUUCACUUCGGGACAAUCGCAUCCGGAAAUGUGUCUAUACAGCAGGCGUGCGAGCGUGAUAAGCUCUUCAAGUCAACAGAUACUAUCGGCAUUGACGUCGAAACUGCUGCAGUGUGGGACUACGUUCCUUGCAUCCCCAUCAAAGGGGUUGCCCAUUAUUCGGACGGCCAUCAAUCUGGCAAUUGGGAACUACAUGCUGCCGCUAUAGCAACUGCCUGCGCAAUGGCAUGUCUGGAGCUUUGGCAAAAAUCCACGUCACAAAUCUCACAAGGGCCGCCGGCAGUUAUACCGAACUACGAGCUAAAAGGUUAUGAUCACAAGAUGAUCGCUGAGACAGGGCGCGCUAAGAAAUAGGACGUGAUGAAGGCUACGUAAACCGAUACGGCAUUUUUUGA